CUCUAACCAGUCGUCUUUGUUUUCUUCUCUCACUCUGUGGUUUCCUGAUCUCUUGACAAACUUCAUGAUGUGGUCUGUGAAAACCCGGCAAAAGAUCAGUGCCUCUGAUUGGUCCAACCUGACCCUUCACCUAGAGGAGUCUCUGACCAGCGCUUUGGGUCACUAUCUUGACAACUGGAGGCGUAACGUGACAGCUGCAGCCAAAGCUUUAGACAAGACACUGGCUGAGGAGAACUUCAGGGAUGUCAUCUGGUAUCUGGCGGUGAUGAUCGGCUUAUUUGCCUUCAUUAUUGUAGCCAUCCUGGUGAGCACAGUCAAAUCCAAGAGGCGGGAGCACUCUAAUGACCCCUACCACCAAUACAUCAAGGAGGACUGGACUGCUCAGUUGCAUCAGAGUGAGGUUAUAACCAACUUUGCAGCUUGA